UUUCAUUCAUUGGCGAGUGUUGGAGGGAGGGUGCCGCUCCGUCUUCGCGCGUGGACAAAUGGGAUAGCGUUGGUUCGCAAGCAGAACACGUGGAGCAGACGUUUCGAGCAUCGAUACUUUCGCGCUCUUUCGACUUCCGGCGCAUACUCUGGUCAGGCCUUGAGGAGUCAGCAUGUCCUAGCGCCGGCGGACGGCUCCAGCAGCGAUGGCCGGCCGAGAGCGGAGCACCGACCCGGCGGCCGGCUUCGUCUGUCCCGGCACAGAGUUCCUGCGCCAGGCCACCAACUACGAGGAGAUCGGCAUGAUCGGAAACGGCGCGUACGGCACGGUGUUCAAGGCGCGCGACCUGCGCAACGAAGGCCAGAUGGUGGCGCUGAAGAAGAUCCGGGUGCGUCUGUCGGACGAGGGCGUGCCCAUGUCGACCCUGCGCGAGAUCGCCACCCUGCGCCAGCUGGAGAAGUCGGAGCACCCCAACAUCGUCAGGCUGCUGGACAUCUGCCACGGCCAGCGUUCUGAGCAGGGCAACCAGCUGAUCCUGGUGCUGGUGUUCGAGCACGUGGACCAGGACCUGGCGGCGUACCUGGAGAAGUGUCCGGCACCCGGACUCAGUCCGGCCGUCAUCAAGAACAUGCUGUACCAGAUCCUGGCUGGUGUGGACUUCCUGCACAGCAACCGGAUCGUGCACCGGGACCUGAAGCCGCAGAACAUCCUGGUGACCAACAGCGGCGACAUCAAGAUCACAGACUUCGGCCUCGCCCGGAUAUACGACUACCAGAUGACGCUUACCAACGUGGUGGUGACGCUCUGGUACCGGGCGCCCGAGGUGCUGCUGCAGUCCUCGUACGCCACGCCCGUCGACAUCUGGUCCGUGGGCUGCAUCUUCGCCGAGCUCUGGCGGCGGACGGCGCUCUUCUGCGGCAAUAACGACGCCGGCCAGCUCGCCCAGAUACUCAAUAUCAUGGGCACGCCGCCCGAGUCGGACUGGCCGGAGAACGUGGCCGUGCUCUGGUCGUCGUUCCAUCACCGGGACGGCAUUCUGGACAAGGUUGUACCUGAGAUCGACGAACUCGGCAAGGACCUGCUCCAGCGGAUGCUGUCGUUCUCGGCGAGUCGGCGCAUCACGGCCGCCGAGGCGCUGCUGCACCCGUACUUCGACGACGAGCGGAUGGCCGUGAGCUCGCCGGCGGCGGCGCUCUCCUGCUCCAGCGCCAAUGACUCGGGCACGUCGAACGCCAGCAGCACGUGAGCGGCCGCCGCCGCCGUCGCCACCGCCGCCCGGGACACAGUGCUGCCGGACGGACGGACGGACGGAGCGAGCCGCGCCGGCCCGCUGCGACGCGGUGCCUUCCUGCUGAGCAUAAUUCCGAGCUGCCGCAUAAUUCCGAGUUACUUGUUGAUACGUCUGGCAUUCCGAGUGCGGACCAAGUGCCUGGCGAUGAAGUGGCAACGCCUGUUGUACUGUGAGGUGUUUUGCGUGGGCCGCGCGGGUGGCCCUGUCUGUUGGCGGGGUGGGACUUCGGGGCGUGGCGCGGUACCCGUCCAAUCGACGCCGUCAUACCUCACAAGCUGCCAUGCGCCAGCGCCGCCCGGCCGCGGUCUCGGCGGCGCCGGCGGCCUCUCGCGACCUGCGUCCGCCCGCCGCCGGCCGCCGACCGACCGACCGGCCGGACUUUUGUACAUAGUGUCGCCAGAGAGACGUACGCUUGCGGUCACCGACGGUAGCGUCGUGCCUAGUUUCUGUUUACCUGUUGGACCGUCUCCGAGCCGUGGCGGGGCGGUCGCCGCGGAGCGCGCGCCGGCGGCUCUCGACCGGUCCGGCCCGCGCCACCCCUCAGCGGCUAGGACCGCGGACCCUAGUUGUAGUCUCCUCUGGCUUCGUCUCCUAGUCACAUGUCUCACUUUGCCGCCACGGAGCGAAGGUCGGCUCUGGUACUGCCCACUCGGUCCUGUCCAUGUUUCUGCGCGUCCAGCAGACCGCCGUGUGUCCCAGGUGCUACCGCGCAGACGCUGCGCGCAGGAGCUGGAGCCGGUACUCGUACUUAAUAUCAGGCUGCUAACAUAUCAACUCCAAAGCUGCCUUAAACAUUGUACGCCAAGGCGCUGGUUUACGAGUGUGCAGUUUGUACAUUGUACAUGGUUUUCGAGAUGAAUGUUGUGUAAUUUGUACAUGCUUUGUUUGAGACGUUAUAUAUUUCAUACAAAUAUUUCGGGAA